AUGUCACGUUUUCGCACUGUCCAAGCCGCAGGCUUCACCUGCCCUCCAAAGCAUCCCGUAAGUAAGCACAUGGGUUCCUCAGUAGCCCCGGAGGAGGGUGGAAUUGGGUUUCCAAAUACAUUCUCUGAUGCCUUACUAUUUGCUCUGUCAGUUUUUUACAGGAAGAUCUUCAUUUUGCAACUGGCAGGGCUGGUGCUAACUUAUGACUUCACUAACUGUGACUUUGAGAAGAUUAGAGAGAAAAGUGAGAUUAUUUGUAGGAAACUGGACCACUAUAUGAACAAGACCAAAACCACCCAGUUCAACAGCACUGUCUCCUGUAAUAACAAGUCACAUUGCCUCAGUGAAAUCGACCGCAUGACCUUCAGUCCCACUCCCGGCUGCACGUCCCUCUCCAAGGAAGUGUUUGCGCUGACGACCCGCGCCACCUUCGCCCUCGACUGCCCGGGCUACCCGGGGGGCCAGAUAGAUAACACCCAGGCAACGACAAAAGGAAAGAAAAGAGAAGUCACAACAAAUAAAUGCCUGGAACAAGUUUCUCAAAUAUCAAGAUUGUGGCGUCGUUUCCGCCGAACUUUUCAGAAACAAAAGAAGCGUUCUUUGUUAUGGUCGUAUCUCACAGUGUGAAAAGAAAUCGUUUUUAUUAAGUAGAUAGAACAUUAACUCUAACUGUGAUAUUUAAAACACAACCAAUAGUUAUUUUUUAAAUCCAGAAGAGUUUCUUAACUUAUUUUUGUAAGCUUUCAUUUUUUAAUUUAAGUUUAUACUGCAGGAGAAGUACUACCCCUCACAUGUCUGGGAAACUUCUAUGGUAUUGAUGACUGGCUCAGAAGUUUUAGUAGGACAGCACAAGAAAUGUCAUUACAGGUAGAAGAAAUAGCUGCCUUUUAAAUAGAGGUUUAGAUGCUAUCAUUGAGUUCAACAUUCUCUUCUUUGAAGGAAAAAGUUCUUCUUCUACUAUAAAGAGACCUUUUAGGUUUCUUUCCUGGAAUAAAGCUUAUACAACUCCAGCUGAGAAUUACUGCCAAGAGCCAGUCAUCAAUGUCAUGGAAGUAUGUUUGUUAUAGCUACUCUAUAUAUCAUUUUCAACUUUAUAAAAUGUGUUUUUAAUUUA